UAUUAAGGGAUUGUUGGUUUUUUUGCCCUCCUGUGAUAGAUGCCAUAAUAAUUUUAAAGAUUUCAUUUAUUUUCAGAUAGGGGGAAGGAGAGGGAGAGAAACAUGGAUGUAUGAGAAACAUUGAUCUGUAGUCUCUCGCGUGCCCCCAAAGGGGGAUCUGGCUUGCAACCCAGGCAUGUGUGCUGGCCAGGAAUGGAACCAAUGACCUUUUUGCUUUGUGGGACUGCCUAAGCCACACCCCUCUGGGUGUGAGGGCACCUUUUGUGGUGGUUUUCAGAAAGACUAAAAUGAGCUCAGGUGUUCUCAGAGUAUUGCAUUUUUAGUGAAAAAUAUUUUUCUUGAGGUGGAAUUUGAAAUUUCUUAAAUGUUUGCAAUACUUUGUAUUGGUCAUUUGAAGUGAUUUUGCACAUGGGUAUUCAUGGAACACACAUUGGUCAGUGUCAAUUUUAACAUUUUGAGUGUAGGUUCUUAGAUCAAUCAAAUUGUUGGAAUUGUCCAGGAGUAUUUUGACAAGUAGCUAAUUUGAAGAAUUUCGGCUAAAUUUCAGGCUUUCUGAAAACUUGGAGGUCAUUAGGUGGAACGCUGAAAUGGCAUAGGAAAUAUUUGAAGAAGUUUGGAGGGCUGCUGUCAUUGCUGCCUGUGGUUGAACUAUUCUGUGAAUACCCGAUUUAUGAUAAUUGCAUGCAUUCAAUAAUAUUUUAAAAGGAUGCCUUCUAAGGGUAUCCAGAGUAUUUUUUCAAUCCUAUCAUCUUUAUGAAGUUUGUACUAUUUUCAUACUCAAGAAAACAACAUACAUAGUUUCCCAAAGAUUAUUUGUUGAAAAGCUAGAGUUUGCCCUGGCUGGCGUAGCUCAGUGGAUUGAGCGCGGGCUGGGAACCAAAGUGUCAGGUUCGAUUCCCAGCCAGGGUACAUGCUUGGAUUGCAGGCCAUAACCCCCAGCAACUGCACAUUGAUGUUUCUCACGUGCUCCCUCCCUCCCUCCCUCCCUUCUCUAAAAGUGAAUAAAAAAAAAAAAAAACUUGAAAGAAAAGCUAGAGUUUGAAGUUGUGUAGUCUGCUCCUAACUGAAUUAUGGGUGUGAAACUUCAAUAGCAGAAAUUGGGAGAUUGGGAUCUGUUCUUAAAACUGUCCCAAGAGAGAUCCAUUGUUUGCUUCUUUCCUAUUAUACUGUACAGAACCAUGUGUUUACUGGUUGAAGGGCUAUCUUGCAGUGAUAAUAACCUUGUUCCGGAUGCUUAUGCUUAAGAGGUUAACUGCUCUUCCCUGUAUUUAGCCACAAGACUGAUGUUAAAUGGAUUGUACCAUGAAGUGUAAGCAUGAAAAAGGAGCUAGUGUAUUUGGGAGUAGUGGGAAAUGUUAAGCCUUGGGAUAAGGGAAAUAGAAUGAUACAUGAAUAAUGGGGCUACCAAAUUGUAGGAUGGUAGGCUACCUACAUGUAGGCUAUCAGUUAAACUGCAUGUUGAGUUCUGUACCUCAGAUAAAGGUCAUAACCAAAUCCUGCGGUGGUGUACACCAGUUGCGAAUAGGUGAAAGGUGGAGUGGAAAGCUGGAGUCCUGUGCGCAUGCGCUCUGUGGCUCAGUGCGUCUGCGCGUCGUCCUCCCGCCUUUUCCCCCCAGUGUUGCUUUCUCACAGCUAAGGGCUGGAUCAGAAGUCUCUUCCUGGUACCUGAGGUUUGUGAGGAUGCUGAGGCCUGAGAUCUCUUCAGCCUCACCUUCUGUCCCUGCUGCUUCCCUGGCAUCCCUAGAGGUUCGGUCACAAGGGUCCCGCUACAAUUUCGGGAUCCGGGAGACACCCCAGAGCCACCUGUCAGCCAAGGCCUCGGCCUCCACACCAACUGGCACGUCUGGGGUCGCAGGCGACCGGAGCAGCAGCAGCAGCCUCCCUCUUGCGCCACGUACCCUGCCAGCUCAAGGUUCAUACUUUAGAAACAAAAGAUCUUAUGCAGAAAACACAUUUGCAUCAAAUUUUACUUUUGGUACAAGCUCUUCUUCUGCACAAGACAAUAAUUAUCUUCGAACACUAAAAACUCCAUUGUCUGCUGGAAAUCCCCAGAGGUCAAGUUAUAAAAGUUGGACACCGCAAAUGGGAUAUUCAGCUACAUCCUCAUCUACAGUGUCUGCGCACUGCCCAUCUGUUAUUGUAGCUGUUGUAGAAGGGAGGGGACUUGCCAGAGGUGAAAUAGGAAUGGCAAGUGUUGAUUUAAAAAGCCCGCAAAUUAUAUUAUCUCAGUUUGCAGACAACACAACAUAUACAAAGGUGAUCACUAAACUCAAAAUUUUAUCACCUUUGGAAAUAAUAAUGUCAAACACUGCUUGUGUUGCGGGGAACUCAACUAAAUUGUUUACUCUGAUCACAGAGAAUUUCAAGAAUGUAAAUUUCACUACUGUCCAAAGAAAAUACUUCAAUGAAACAAAAGGAUUAGAGUACAUUGAACAGUUAUGCAUAGCAGAGUUCAGCACUGUUCUGAUGGAGGUUCAGUCCAAGUAUUACUGCCUUGCAGCUCUUGCGGCUUUAUUAAAAUAUGUUGAGUUUAUUCAAAAUUCAGUUUAUGCACCCAGAUCGCUGAAGAUUUGUUUUCAAGGUAGUGAACAGACAGCCAUGAUAGAUUCAUCAUCAGCCCAAAACCUUGAAUUACUAAUUAAUAGUCAAGACUGUAGGAAUAAUCACACUCUCUUUGGUGUUCUGAAUUACACUAAGACUCCUGGAGGGAGUAGAAGACUUCGUUCUAAUAUAUUAGAACCUCUAGUUGAUAUUGAAACAAUUAACAUGAGAUUAGAUUGUGUUCAAGAACUACUUCAAGAUGAGGAACUCUUUUUUGGACUUCAGUCAGUUAUAUCAAGAUUUCUUGAUACAGAGCAGCUUCUUUCUGUUUUAGUCCAAAUUCCAAAGCAAGACACGGUUAAUGUAGCUGAAUCAAAGAUAACAAAUUUAAUAUACCUAAAACAUACCUUGGAACUUGUGGAUCCUUUAAAGAUUACUCUGAAGAACUGUACUAUGCCUUUAUUAAGAGCUUACUAUGGAUCUUUGGAAGAUAAGAGGUUUGGAAUCAUACUUGAAAAGAUUAAAACAGUAAUUAAUGAUGAUGCAAGAUACAUGAAAGGAUGCCUGAACAUGAGGACUCAGAAGUGCUAUGCAGUGAGGUCUAACAUAAAUGAGUUUCUUGACAUAGCUAGAAGAACAUAUACAGAGAUUGUAGAUGACAUAGCAGGAAUGAUAUCACAACUUGCAGAAAAAUAUGGUCUUCCUUUAAGGACAAGUUUUAGCUCUACUAGAGGAUUUUUCAUCCAGAUGACUAUAGAUUGUACAGCCUUACCCAAUGAUCAACUUCCUUCAGAGUUUAUUAAGAUUUCUAAAGUGAAAAAUUCUUAUAGCUUUACUUCGGCAGAUUUAAUUAAAAUGAAUGAAAGAUGCCAAGAGUCUUUGAGAGAAAUCUAUCACAUGACUUACAUGAUAGUGUGCAAGCUGCUUAGUGAGAUUUAUGAAUAUAUUCAUUGUUUAUAUAAACUGUCUGACACCGUGUCAAUGCUGGAUAUGCUACUGUCAUUUGCUCAUGCCUGCACUCUUUCUGACUACGUUCGGCCAGAGUUUACUGAUACAUUAGCAAUCAAACAAGGAUGGCAUCCCAUUCUUGAAAGAAUAUCUGUGGAAAAACCUGUUGCCAACAAUACCUAUAUUACAGAAGGAAGUAAUUUUUUGAUCAUAACUGGACCAAAUAUGAGUGGGAAAUCCACGUAUUUAAAACAGAUUGCAGUUUGUCAGAUUAUGGCCCAGAUUGGAUCAUAUGUUCCAGCAGAAUAUUCUUCCUUUAGAAUUGCUGAACAGAUUUUUACAAGAAUCAGUACUGAUGAUGAUAUAGAAACAAAUUCAUCAACAUUUAUGAAGGAAAUGAAAGAGAUAGCAUACAUUGUACAUAAUGCUAAUGACAAAUCACUCAUAUUAAUUGAUGAACUUGGCAGAGGUACUAAUACAGAAGAAGGUAUUGGCAUUUGUUAUGCUGUUUGUGAAUAUCUGCUGAGCUUAAAGGCAUUUACACUGUUUGCUACACAUUUCUUGGAACUAUGCCAUCUAGAUGUCCUGUAUCCCAAUGUAGAAAACAUGCAUUUUGAAGUUCAACAUGUAAAAAACACCUCAAGAAAUAAAGGAGCAAUCUUGUAUACCUACAGACUUUCUAAGGGAUUCACAGAAGAAAAAAAUUAUGGGUUAAAAGCUGCAGAGGUGUCAUCACUCCCACCAUCAAUUGUCUUGGAUGCCAAAGAAAUCACAGCUCAAAUUACCAGACAAAUUUUGAAAAACCAGUGGAAUACCCCUGAGAUGGAAAGACAGAGAGCUGUGUACCAUCUAGCUACUAGGCUAGUUCAGACUGCUCGAAACUCUCGGUUGGAUCCAGACAGUCUGCGAACAUAUUUAAGCAGUCUCAAAAAGAAGUAUGAAGCAGAUGUUCCCAAGGCUGAGCAAAUUUUAGGAAAGACUGAAUAA